AUGGGGAACAAACUCAACUUGAAUAUUUCCCCUGUUGACAAUGGAUUCCGCGUCGUGGCAAAAUUCAAGGCACUUUUCAAUGCUAUGAUCAGUGGCUUGUUAGUUGACCGAGUUGGGCUAGUUUUAAAAUUGAAUAGUUUAUCCCUUUUCAAAUAUUAUACCUUCUGGGUCAUCAUUCUGCCUAUUCUUGACAGCGAUCAUUUUGUUCAUAAGUAUUUUCUACCUCAAGAAUAUGCAAUUCUCAUUCAUGCAUAUGUUCCAGUGGCAGUCAUCUACUUCUUGAGCAUCUGUAUUGCAUACGUCAUGCUCGAGUCCAAGAAGAAGAACCAUUAUAGGGAAAAGGGUCAAAAAUACCCCUCAACUUUAGUUUAUUAUUCGACUUUACCCUAUCCAUUAAAAUGA